AUGGGCUUUGGAGCAUUCGUCCGGGACUCGGUGCUGGCGCUGCUCAUCCUCUCGGCGAGCGGCCUUGUCGGCUACUUUCGCCGGCGGUGGGCCUACCGCCCGCUGCACAAGUACGGCCUCACGCUCGGCGCCAUGCUCGUUGGUGCCGGCGCCUACAUGUUUCUUCGCUCCAACUCGGGCACGCUCGCAGCGCUCGUGCUUCUCUUCUUGACGAUGCUUGGCUUUGCCGCUGGCGACGGCUGCGUCGCCAUUGGGCUCACGGGCGGCAUCGCGACGGGCAAGAGCACGGUCUCGAAGCGGCUGCGCGAGAAAGGUGCGGUCAUCAUCGACGCCGACGUGGUCGCGCGCCAGGUUGUCGAGCCUGGUCAGCCGGCGCACCGCGCGAUUGUCGCCGCCUUUGGCACGGACAUCCUCAACCCGGACCGGACGCUGGACCGCGCCAAGCUCGGCAGCCUAGUCUUCAACGACCCGGCCAAGCGCGCGACACUCAACUCGUGCACUCACAAACACAUCCUCUUGGCCAUGUUCUUUGAGCUGCUCUACCUGCGCGUCGUCAAGCGGGCCAAGCUCGUGGUGUUUGACGCGCCGCUGCUCUUUGAGACGCAAAUCCUCGAGUACUUUUGCACGCCGAUCGUCGUCGUCGCGUGCUCGGAGGCGAACCAGCUCACGCGUCUCAUGAGCCGCGACAAGCUCCCGAAGGACCAAGCGACGAAGCGCAUCCAAGCGCAGAUGCCCCUCGCUGAGAAGGCUGCCAAAGCCAACAUCGUCCUCGAUAACAACGACUCGCCCGAAGCGCUCAUCAAGCUCGUCGACGCCACCUACGAGACUCUCAAGCGCGUCUACUGA